GGAACGUGGAAAGCGUCAACGGUGCGGAGUCAUGAAAGUGUUUGUAAACAAUUCAUGCUGAAGGUACGGCAACUGAAGUUGAAAUUUUGCCACAUAUCUCCAUAGAAAUCAUUGAAUUCUCCCUGUGUGUAAAGGAUGUUUAAGAUGACAUGUUCCUGUUUUUUGGAAGUCGCCAGGAUUACAAGACUGAUACUACCAAUGCUAAAUUAUUUAAAGAUAAAUAUAUAGUUAUCCAACAUCCUUUUUCUCCAUACAACAUCUUUGUUGAAUACUGAAUUCAACAGCCAUUUGGAAGCCACCACAAUUAUCAGACCAACAUGCCUUGGCCAUUUUCUGAGUCUAUAAAGAAGCGGGCAUGCAGAUACCUUUUGCAUCGGUAUUUGGGCAAUUUCCUACAAGAGAAGCUGAGCUUAGAUCAGCUUAGCUUAGACCUCUAUCAAGGCACUGGAUCACUGGCACAAGUGCCGUUGGACAAGUGGUCUUUAAAUGAGAUCCUUGAGUCAGCGGAUGCCCCCUUCGAGGUAAUAGAGGGCUUCAUCCAGACCAUCUCUCUGACCGUACCAUGGGCGUCCCUGCUGCAGGAGAACUGUGCCCUGGAGGUCAAGGGGCUGGAGAUGGUGUUCAGACCCAGACCACAUAUGGCCUCAGGUAUGGAACCCAUGUAUUGGUCCAGCUUCAUGACGAGCAGCAUGCAGCUUGCCAAAGAGUGUCUGAGCCAGAGACUAACAGAUGACUUGGGGGAGAGCUUCCAGCCAUUGGAGGGAUUGGAGAAGUUUGCAGAGACCAUAGAGACAGUUCUGAGAAGGGUCAAGGUGACUUUUUUGGACACGGUUCUCAGAAUCGAACAUUUUCCAGAAAAUUCCAAAACAGGAAUCGCUCUUGAGAUGCGUAUCAACAAGAUUGUUUACUGUGAUGAGACUGGUGAGGAGAGCUCCAGUGUAAAUGUGCACCAACCCACCACAUUUGCACAUAAAAACGUGCAGCUGGAGGGAGUCACCGUCUUCUGGGAUGAGUUCUCAGAGGCGGCCAGAGCCGGCUUCAAGUCCUCACCCACCCAGCAGUGAGUCUACAUUCAAAUAAUCCUCUGUGUAGUUUUGAAGCGUAGAGAACUGAUACUCACUCACCCCUUUUCUGCACCCCCUCAGGAGACAGAGGCCAAGCUAUCCCCCAGCUGGAACCCUAGAAUCAUCUGUGAGCCACACCCCCAGUUCACAGAGCCUGUUUCCUCAGCAACACCCUUUGAACCCAUGCAGAUUGGUCACCUUAGUGGCAGAAUUGAACUGUCGCUUGUCCUGAAACAGAACCAAACCAUGCCUGGAGCAAAGUUGGAUGUUGAUGGACAGAUUAGCACAAUGAUUGUGCUGCUAUCUCCACGGCAAGUUCACCUACUCUUGGACGUGUUUGGAGUUUUUUCAGGCUCAGCUGGGCCGGAGUGGGGGAAGGACAAGAGGAACCGGCCCAUGCAGCAGGAGGAUGAGUAUCGGCUCCAUAUGGAGCUAAACCGCUGCCUGAAGAAGGAGUCCGACCCUGACCUCUUCGAGAGCCAGACCACCAGAACUGUGUCCAGCCGAGAGGAUGUCUUCUUCUCCAUGGCUGACAUGGACAUGUCUCAUAGCCUGUCGUCCCUCCCUCCCCUGGGGGAACCGCCCACUGUGGACUUGGACCUGUCACUCAACAGUAACUACUCCCCCUCCCCAGGAGAGUCUCCUGGCAAUGCCACGAUCCUCUGGGACUAUUAUCUGGAUGUGCCCAGACAGAGGGAGAAGCAGGCCCAGGAAAGCCCAUUCCUGACACGGGAUUCACCACUCCAACACAAGCUGCUGAGACAGACCUCCCACCCAACCAAAGCCCACAGUGAUGAGUCCAGGCCGGAGCUGGUCUUCAGGCUGACUCUGGGGAGCCUGGCUGUGUGUGUUCUCCACAUUGACCCCCUGCCCCCGCCGGAUGCUGCCCCCAGCCCCCUGGCCCCCAUGGCUGCUGACUUCUUCAGGGUGGUCUGCUCUGACCAGCUUCCCGCAGCUGCAUUCAUCCAGUUAAGGACAGCUUUUGACGAAGCCUGCCCCUACGACCACCUCAGGUUUGUGGCUCAGGGAAUGAAGGUGACCUAUGAGCACUGUCAGAGCUCCAGCUUGCGCACCUUCAGCACAGACGUGUCCCUGGGUCAGAUGGAGCUGCUGGAGUGUCUCUUCCCCUCUGAGGCUCCCAGCGGUGGGUCCCAGAGAGGGGUUCAGUACACCGAGCUCCUGACAUUUGACACCUCUGUCACAACUGAGGCACCAUCUGCCACCUGCCUCCACCUGCUCUACAAACUGGCUGAACGCAGAGGGCCGCAGGGUGGACAGGUGCGUCUGAGUACCAUGCCCAGGAAGGCUGACUUUCAGGUAGAGUUGGGGGCAGUCCGCUCUGAAGUGGAUAUCAGCAUCGUGGACCGCCUCAACUCUCUGCUGCAGCCACAGAAACUGGUCACCACUGAGAUGAUGGCCUCUCACAUGUACACGUCUUAUAAUAAACACGUCAGCUUGCACAAGGCCUUUACAGAGGUCUUCCUUGAUGACAACCGUACUCCAGCCAACACCCACGUGUUGAUAACAGUCAACGCCCCUGUGUUGAACCUGGUGGUGCGCUUCCCUAUCCCAGACCUGCGCUCGGACCAGGAGAGGGGCCCCUGGUUUAAGAGGUCCUUGCAGAAGGAGGUUCUGUACCUGGAGCUGGAGGACCUGGAGGUGAAGACCGAGUUCACAGGGGGCAGCUCCCCAGAGCAGACCAAGAUGGAGCUCACCUUCAGGGAGCUAGUCGGGAAGUUUCAGGAAGAGGAGGACCAGACUGCAGCCAGGUUCCUCAGGGUCUCCCACACUAUGGAUGGAAACAUGACCAUCUCUGACAGCGGGAAGUUUGACUGGCCCAGAGUGGUGCUGAAAGUCAACCCCACCGCUGUCCACUCCAUCCUGGAGCGUGUGACUGCUGAGGAGGACGAGGGGGCUGAAGACCAAUCCCCAGAUGAGGAGGAGGGAGGGGGAGCCCACUCACUGAAGGAUGUCUGUGACUUUGGGAAGCCUGAACCUUCCCCCUUCUCCUCACGCCGGGUCAUGUAUGAGAAUGAGGAGAUGGUCAUUCCUGGUAAUGUGGCUGAGAUGACAGAGUUCCAAGAGAAAACCAUGAGCAAUUCCCGCUUCAUCCUAGAGCUGUGCUUGCCAAAUGUGCAAUUAUCAUUACCCAACAAGGCCUUUUAUGAGAAACUGCACAACAGGAUAAACAAUGACCUGCUGUUAUGGGACCCCAACGCUCCCUCGCCUGUGGAGACAGUGGAGAACAUGCCGUAUGGAGCAGGGCUGUCUGUAGCCAGCCAGCUGAUCAAUACGGCACACUACACCAACGACAGCUUCAGCACGUUCCGCUCCACUGGCCCUGAGGAGGAGGAAAGUGGAUCGGAGGAGGAGACCAUGCACUACUACUCCCCUGCCUCUGAGCAGUGCUUCAGAUCUCGCAGGAAGAAGAAGCCCAAGGCCCAGGGCAAGACCUCCCAGAGCCUGUUCUCUGUAAUCCUCACUGUCAACCUUGGCCUAGUGGCCCUGCAGACCAAUGCUAAGCAGGAGGAUGAGGCGGUUUUGAAUAACCAACAUGGAGAGUUCUGGUUGGAGGUGAAGAAUGGUGUCCUGUUCAGUGUGACACAGUUUGAAGGCUACAAAGACCAGCACUACAUCUGCUUCCACAACAGUAACAUAUGUCUCUAUCACCAAGGUCUGGUGGAGGGAGACACCCCAGUGUCCGACAUCAAGCUGCCCUGCAGGACACGUCCUCAUUGGCUGGAGCCGGCCAUCUACCCCUCUGAGGCAGCCCCUGAUAGGGCGUCCCCCUCUGAGGGCAUCGGCCUCGAGGCCCACAGCAUGCUGUCUGUUGCCGUCAAGAUCUCCACCCAGAACAUGGAGCGCAAUGUCAAGGAGUUCCUGAUUGCAGUGGGAGUGAAAGGGGCCACACUCCAGCACCUAGUGGUUCCCCCAAAACUGGGCUGGUAUGACCAGAUCGUAGACUUCCUGAAUGUGUCUGAUGAGCCUGUGUUAGGUUACACCCCCCCUGCCUCAGUCACCACCCUUCAUCUCCACCUGUGGAGCUGCUCACUAGAUUACAGACCCCUGUACCUGCCACUCAGGUCUCUGAUGGUAGUGGAGACAUUCAGCAUCUCUAGCAGUGUCUCCUUAGACCACUCGUCCUCCACUCUCAGGAUCAUUUUGGAUGAAGCAGCUUUGUUCCUCUCUGACAAGAGCAAUGCCGUCUCUGUAAAUCUAAUGCGAGACUAUGUGCAGGUGGUAGACAUGGGAACAUUAGAGCUGAGGAUCACUGCGGUCAAACCUGGAGUGGACAGAGAAUUUACUGAGCCCAGAUUUGAGCUGCGCUGCUCCAGUGAUGUCAUCCAUAUCAGAACAUGUUCAGACUCCUGUGCUGCUCUGAUGAACCUCAUCCAGUAUGUGGCCAGCUAUGGAGACCUACUGCCCCCUCCUGGGCCGGAGGCCAAGGGCACCAGCUCCAAGCAGAGAGCAAAGCCGGAGGCUCCAAGCCGACCCCUUUCCCAGGCUCCUCUUCUUCCCGAGGCUGAGCAGCAGAUGCUGCAGGACCUGAUGAGUGAGGCCAUGGAGGAGGCAGACAGUCAGUACGCCCUGGCACUGCAACACAAUGGAAUACACGAGGAGCAGAAUCAGGACUUCGACCCGCCUCGCUCUGACCUCUUCCUUUUCCCGGACGAGAGCGGGAAUCUGUCGCAGGAGCCGAGCCCCACGUACCUCACCCUCCACUCCCCCCUCAUCACCGCUGCCCCUAACCUGGCCUCAGAGAACGACGACUUCUGUAUUCUAGAGACCCCGGGCUCCACGGCAGACGAUCGGGACGAGGAGCCAGUGGUGAAUAAGUUGAUCCCAGACUCUAUUGAGAUCAAAGACAACCACUUUGGCCAGCCCCUGGACAGCAGCGACUCCAGCAGGGGAGCCCUGAACUUCCCCGUCCCAGAGGUGCGCUACCUCAUCAGGGAGAUCUCUGUCAUCUGGCACCUCUAUGGAGGGAAGGACUUUGGGAGCGCGAUGUUCACCUCCUCUCCAGCUAGAAGUCGUCGGGAGUGUACCCCACACAGCUCCCCCUCCCAGACCCCAGUCAGACAGGGCAGGGGUGGAGGACGGGCCGGAGGAGGGCGGGGCAGGAACCUUGACGUCCUGAUGGAGAUCCAGCUCAGCAAGGUGCGGUUCCAGCAUGAGGUGUACCCCCAGGCCCCAGUGGCCUCUGGGUCGGCGGCGGACCAGCCUAAGUCCCGGCAGGUGUUCAUCGUCCAGGACCUGGAGAUCAGAGACAGACUGGCCACCUCCCAGAUGAACAAGUUCCUGUACCUCUACUCCAGCAAGGAGAUGCCCCGCACAGCCCACUCCAACAUGCUGACAGUUCGGGCUCUGCACAUGUGUCCAGAGACAGGUCAAGCACCCCAGGAAUGCUGUCUGCGAGUCUCACUCAUGCCCCUUCGUCUCAACGUCGAUCAGGAUGCAUUGUUUUUCUUGAAAGACUUCUUUGCCAGCCUUGCUGCUGAAGUUGAGAUGUUCUCUCCACCUGAUCAAGAAGCCCUGUGCGUUUCAAUGAAGAAGCCGUCUGCCCCAGAGGUGACCUGUAGCUUCACUAAGCAUGGAGGUGGGAGCCAGGACCCUGCCCCCAUUAUCUCUGUGCCUGCCCAGAACCGCUCCAGCCUCAACGGCCUCACCUUAUCCAGUAACAGCAACUCUGGGGAAGCUGAGGCUGCCACUGCAUCAUCCUUCACUGACCAGCCCAUCUUCUUCAGAGAGUUUUGGUUUACCUCUGAAGUUCCUAUUCGUCUGGAUUACCAUGGAAAACACGUUUCAAUGGAGCAGGGAACAUUUGCUGGUAUUGUGAUUGGGUUGACACAGCUGAAUUGCUCCGAGCUGAAACUAAGGCGAUUAUGCUACAGACAAGGACUGUUGGGUGUGGAUAAGCUCUUUUCCUAUGCAAUAAAUGAGUGGCUGAACGACAUCAAGAAGAACCAGCUGCCAGGACUGCUGGGUGGAGUGGGACCUAUCCACUCGCUGGUACAGUUGGUCCAGGGAUUUAGGGAUCUGGUGUGGCUCCCGAUAGAGCAGUACCGGAAGGAUGGUCGGGUUGUACGGGGAUUGCAGCGUGGUACUGCCUCCUUUGGAACCUCCACAGCUAUGGCUGCUCUGGAGCUUACCAACCGCAUGGUGCGGACUAUCCAGGCAGCAGCAGAGACAGCCUAUGACAUGGUAUCUCCAGGAUCCGAUGAGAGGGAGACAAAGAGAAUAAAACGGUUCUCUCAUUACAGAUUGUCUCAUCAGCCAGUUGAUCUCCGGGAAGGAGUAGCCAACGCUUACAGCGUUGUAAAAGAGGGAAUCACGGACACUGCUCUGACCAUCUAUGACACGGCCACGCGUGAGCACGAGCAGCGUGGGAUGACCGGGGCAGUGGGUGGGGUCCUUCGACAGCUCCCCCCAGCUGUGGUCAAGCCUCUCAUCAUGGCCACCGAGGCCACCUCCAACGUGCUGGGGGGCAUGAGGAACCAGAUUCACCCAGACGCACACCAGGAAGAAUCCCAGAAAUGGCGGCAAGGGGAGGAGUGAUGGCCGACUGCUGUCCAAUGACUGAACUGAUGGUUGUGCAGAGUCAAAGAAGACACUCCCUCAGCUGUUGCAAGGCCCGAUGAGUAUUACAAGCUGGAAGGAUCUGGCACUGCAGAUUGAUUACUUUUUGAGGCAAAAUGGAGUGUCGCUGAAAAGUCAGCACUGGUGUAAAUUAAAUACAAUUAAUCUCAUAGACUUGUGGCAGUUUGAGCUAGUGUGAAUUAACUUGUGUUACCUUCUAUACCACAUUUUCCCUUGCAGUACCUUCAUGGUAAUAAUGUAUUAUACUGUUAUAGUACCAUAUGUUAGACAGAGGGACUCGCAGGAGCAGUUGGUGUGCAGAGGCAUAGAGGUCACUGUGCCAUACUGUAGAUCAUAAUUGAUUACCUUGGCUUGAGGAUAGGACUGGCUUGUUUUGAAUGUUGAGAAUCUUUCCAGAAUGGUAACAGUGAGGAAAAGUAGUGCACCAUGUCCUAACAUGGUACAGAGAUGAGGAGUGGUGUCAGAAAGCUCAGCAUUUCACUGGGUCCUUUUUUUCUUCUUUUUUUACAAUCGUGACUGAGUACAGCACGUCUAUAGUUUGUCAUAUUCAACAUUCGCUUAUCCUAAUUUGUGUCAAAUAACACUAAUAUCUCGAAGAGAUGCUGUAAGCCUCCUGUAGCUCAGUUGGUAGAGCAUGGCGCUUGCAACGCCAGGAUUGUGGGUUCGAUUCCCACGGUGGG